AUGCGUUCUUCUCUCGUGCUCGCCAGCGUUGCUGCUCUCGCUUCUGCGACCUCGAACUCUCUGGAUUGUUCUGGCUACAAGCGCCAGGACUUGGGCUAUGCGGCCAUCAACGCACCAACCGGUGGAUCUUGCCCAUCUUUCAUCCAGCACUCGAUCUACGAGGAUGUCACCGACAAGUCCAAGUUCGAUCCUGAGCGAUGCAUCCGUGAUUGCGAGGAGACGACUCUCUACAACAAGAACAACCUGGACGGCCGUGCUGUCUGCCGCUUCGUCAACACCUACAUUCUUGUGAAGGAUGGUGAACUCAAGGGCCAGGUCUGCGCCAUGUACACUGCCACUUGGGACAAGUCCUACGCUACCAACACGGGCUACACCGAUCACGAGGGUCACAAGAUCUCCUUCUGCGACAGCUACACUUACAGCAACGAGCAGAACCCCGGUGUUCCUGGCAAAGACUGCAAUGGCGCCCCAGAAUCCCCUCCCCAGUACUCCCCUCCCCAGUACACCCCUCCAGCUCAGUCAACCUCGUCCUUGUCCUUUUCGACUGUGACCAAGAAGACUACUACCACUGCGAAGGUUACCACCACUUCAAAGGUCACUGCUACACCAGCCACCACCUCCAAGGCUACUACAACCACUAUGAAGACCACAACUACUACUGCAAAGACCACAACCACCUCAAUGGCUCCAGGUGGAGGCAAUGGUGAUGAAGGGUUUGAGUGCACCGGGCUUUACUCGCAGCCAGAGUGCUGCUCCGUCGACAUCCUCGGCGUUAAGGCCCUUGAUUGCACACCUCCAAGCUCUCCAUCGAACAUCUUCGCCUCUAAGGCAGAAUUCUCCGCUAUCUGUGCUGAGGGUGGUAAGACUGCUAGCUGCUGUGUCCUUCCAAUCGCUGGACAGGGUCUCCUCUGUGAGUUCCUUACAGGCCCGUUCAUGCCNAUCUGUGCUGAGGGUGGUAAGACUGCUAGCUGCUGUGUCCUUCCAAUCGCUGGACAGGGUCUCCUCUGUGAGUUCCUUACAGGCCCGUUCAUGCCUACCAAACCUGGCAAUGGCGAGGAGGGUCCCGAGGAGGGUGGUAACGAGGGCGGCAACGAGGGUGGCGACGAGGGCGAAUUCGAAUGCUCCGGACUUUAUUCCCAGCCAGAGUGCUGCGCACUCGACAUCCUCGGCAUCAAGGCCCUUGAUUGCACGCCUCCAAGCUCUCCAUCGAACAUCUUCGCCUCAAAGGCAGAGUUUGCCUCCAUCUGUGCUGAGGGUGGUAAGACUGCUAGCUGCUGUGUCCUUCCAAUCGCUGGACAGGGUCUNAACAUCUUCGCCUCAAAGGCAGAGUUUGCCUCCAUCUGUGCUGAGGGUGGUAAGACUGCUAGCUGCUGUGUCCUUCCAAUCGCUGGACAGGGUCUUCUCUGCGAGUUUAUCACGGGCCCCUUCAUGCCGACCAAGCCUGAUGCUGGCAUGCCGACCACACCUGACAUGCCGACCACACCUGACUCUGGCAUGCCGACCACACCGGAGACUGGCAGCGGAGGUAGCUUCGAGUGCUCCGGACUUUACUCUCAGCCAGAGUGUUGCUCACUCGAUAUCCUCGGGGUUGCUGACCUCGAUUGCAAGCCUCCUAGCUCCCCAUCCAAUGUCUUUGCCUCCAAGGAAGAGUUCCGCUCCAUCUGUGCUGAGACCGGAAAGACUGCCAGCUGCUGCGCUCUUCCUCUCCUCACCAAGGCUUUGCUUUGCGAGAACGUUUAA